UUGGUUCGAUCGUUUGCAUCUGGCUGAUGUCCCACUAAAUUCUCUACGCAAUACAGUGAAGAAGCAUAAAAUGCUAGACAAUUCCGGACGGAGCCGAAGCCGCAAACCCAACAAUCAGACGAAACGACAGGCGUCAACAACAAGCCCAAAGGUCCCAGAUAAACCCCCAGGUAAACAUCCUACUAAUCAUCCAUCUUCUCAAAAGGGGAGGUGAUAUGUAUCCACAUAUAUAUAUUUAUGUGUGUGUGUGCAUGUUGGUCUCUCUUUCUGUUUGCUCGGUUAGUCUGUGACCACUUCACUUGUAUGGACUUGUCUCCUUUAAUAAUGUGUAUUCUCCUUAUAUUAUAUUAUAUAUAAUAUGAGUGUUUGUUGACAGUCCGUUGCUUGGUGACAUAUAUCCAUAUAUGUUUGUUGGCAUGUCUGCUAUAUUCGCUAUGUAUAAUUGGAUCGACACUCCAUUAUAAUUAGCCAUUCAUGUUAAGACUGUCUAAUGAUUUUUCCCACGCUUGUCUGAAUUAUUUAUAUAUAUUCGCAUUCACAAUUUGUGUGAACUACUUUACUUUACAACUACUUGACUUGCUUACCACUUUGGUGUGAGACCAUUUAUUUUCGUCUCCUUGUGUUUGGACAAUAGAAGUAUCAUCGCAAACCUAGUGGUCUUCUGAUUUCCGCCUUCUCGCGUCAGGACUAUUAGUUUCUCGACCAGUCCAUAACAAUAAUUUAGCGACGAGUACAUAACAAUUUGGCGACGGGGAAACUAGUACAGAACAGGUUUCUACGCCGAUUUCAGUUCGAGACGAUUCAGCCGGUCGUCAGCGGCUCACUGGUGAGACUGAUUUGUGGUCGAUGGAUCCCUUUGAAAGCAGAGACAAAAUCCCACGAACUCCACCUGGACAGUCGUUUGUGAACAAGUCUUUGGUUACGGAUACAGAAGCCGGUCUUAACUGUUCCACAUACGAGUCAGGUAGCCGGAGGAGUUUUGCUGACCGGACUCCUGAAAAACAUACCUUGGCUCUUAGAAAUUCUGGCACUGCUUGGGAGCGAUAUCAGAAUAUGAGUCUCCCGAUAAUUGGGAAUUCUACAGACGACGUGAAGAGUCCUCGUCGUACUCCUCCUCCUACGGUGAUAAGAAGAGACAGAAGUUGUAAGAGGCCUCAUUGGAGGGAGGAAUAUAGUUCUUUUAUUUCCCUGGAACGGAAUAUGGUUUCUACGCCGAUUUCAGUUGGAGACGAUUCAGCCGGUCGUCAGCGGCUCACUGGUGAGACUGAUUUGUGGUCGAUGGAUCCCUUUGAAAGCAGAGACAAAAUCCCACGAACUCCACCUGGACAGUCGUUUGUGAACAAGUCUUUGGUUACGGAUACAGAAGCCGGUCUUAACUGUUCCACAUACGAGUCAGGUAGCCGGAGGAGUUUUGCUGACCGGACUCCUGAAAAACAUACCUUGGCUCUUAGAAAUUCUGGCACUGCUUGGGAGCGAUAUCAGAAUAUGAGUCUCCCGAUAAUUGGGAAUUCUACAGACGACGUGAAGAGUCCUCGUCGUACUCCUCCUCCUACGGUGAUAAGAAGAGACAGAAGUUGUAAGAGGCCUCAUUGGAGGGAGGAAUAUAGUUCUUUUAUUUCCCUGGAACGGAAUAUGGUUUCUACGCCGAUUUCAGUUGGAGACGAUUCAGCCGGUCGUCAGCGGCUCACUGGUGAGACUGAUUUGUGGUCGAUGGAUCCCUUUGAAAGCAGAGACAAAAUCCCACGAACUCCACCUGGACAGUCGUUUGUGAACAAGUCUUUGGUUACGGAUACAGAAGCCGGUCUUAACUGUUCCACAUACGAGUCAGGUAGCCGGAGGAGUUUUGCUGACCGGACUCCUGAAAAACAUACCUUGGCUCUUAGAAAUUCUGGCACUGCUUGGGAGCGAUAUCAGAAUAUGAGUCUCCCGAUAAUUGGGAAUUCUACAGACGACGUGAAGAGUCCUCGUCGUACUCCUCCUCCUACGGUGAUAAGAAGAGACAGAAGUUGUAAGAGGCCUCAUUGGAGGGAGGAAUAUAGUUCUUUUAUUUCCCUGGAACGGAAUAUGGUUUCUACGCCGAUUUCAGUUGGAGACGAUUCAGCCGGUCGUCAGCGGCUCACUGGUGAGACUGAUUUGUGGUCGAUGGAUCCCUUUGAAAGCAGAGACAAAAUCCCACGAACUCCACCUGGACAGUCGUUUGUGAACAAGUCUUUGGUUACGGAUACAGAAGCCGGUCUUAACUGUUCCACAUACGAGUCAGGUAGCCGGAGGAGUUUUGCUGACCGGACUCCUGAAAAACAUACCUUGGCUCUUAGAAAUUCUGGCACUGCUUGGGAGCGAUAUCAGAAUAUGAGUCUCCCGAUAAUUGGGAAUUCUACAGACGACGUGAAGAGUCCUCGUCGUACUCCUCCUCCUACGGUGAUAAGAAGAGACAGAAGUUGUAAGAGGCCUCAUUGGAGGGAGGAAUAUAGUUCUUUUAUUUCCCUGGAACGGAAUAUGGUUUCUACGCCGAUUUCAGUUGGAGACGAUUCAGCCGGUCGUCAGCGGCUCACUGGUGAGACUGAUUUGUGGUCGAUGGAUCCCUUUGAAAGCAGAGACAAAAUCCCACGAACUCCACCUGGACAGUCGUUUGUGAACAAGUCUUUGGUUACGGAUACAGAAGCCGGUCUUAACUGUUCCACAUACGAGUCAGGUAGCCGGAGGAGUUUUGCUGACCGGACUCCUGAAAAACAUACCUUGGCUCUUAGAAAUUCUGGCACUGCUUGGGAGCGAUAUCAGAAUAUGAGUCUCCCGAUAAUUGGGAAUUCUACAGACGACGUGAAGAGUCCUCGUCGUACUCCUCCUCCUACGGUGAUAAGAAGAGACAGAAGUUGUAAGAGGCCUCAUUGGAGGGAGGAAUAUAGUUCUUUUAUUUCCCUGGAACGGAAUAUGGUUUCUACGCCGAUUUCAGUUGGAGACGAUUCAGCCGGUCGUCAGCGGCUCACUGGUGAGAAGGGGUUCGUUUCGAAUACGUAAGUUUGUUGAAUUGUUGAUUUUGAGUGAUAUGCUGAUUUAUGUGUUAUGUAUGCGUUACGAUAGUUUUUUUUAUAGUUUCGACUUCCUUGUGCUUUAAAUAAGUGUCUUUCAGAGGUGAGAAUUAAGUGAGUAGGAGUCAGCUACCCAUUGUUUGCAUAGAGGUAGUGUGGUUACCCCUCCACAUAACAGAUGAAAGACUUUCCUUUAAUUAAUCAGUUAAUUUAUUAAUUAUAAACAGUGAUUGCAAUAACUAACUGUUGUCUUCUUAUACUUGAUUAAUCUGAUAUUCUAGGUGAAUGUAAAGUUCCAGUUAGAGUCGACUAGGCAUUUGUCACCGAACGCAUCGAUAUUCACCGGAAAGCUUUUACCCUCUUUCCAGAAUACAAAUAUGGGUGAAACACUUACAAACAUAUGUAUGGCAUAUAACUGUUCCCUCGAAAUAGUAAAUACUGGUAAAUUAAAAGAGUAAAUAGGCAAUAAGAGCAGGAAGACAAUGCUAUGUACUACUGGUCGAUCGAUGCGAGUAGUUGUAAAACAUUCCCGCUAAGUAGUAGUGCUUCCUAGAUAGAUUGACAUUUUCUGUGAAAUGUGAGAAUUAGAGAUAGUUCCGUUUACCUGGUCUUUGUCAAUGAUUUACUCAGUAUAUCAGUAUUGUGAUGACUCUUCCUUUGAUAGUCGUGUGUUAAUUAAUUUGGGUGAUAUUAUUUCUAAGGCUUUGCACAGAUGUGCAUGAAUUCUAGUUUGCAUAGUUCAUGUAGCACACAAAGCAAUCGAAGAGGGAUUCAAAAGAGUCAAUUAACAGGAAUAGUAGGCAAAAUAAGCGUAAUAUGGAUGAUCAUUGGAAUUUUUUUGGAUUUGUUAGAUGACAAGUGUUUUUGCAUCUGCACUAGUGCCAUGAGAAAAGUGUCGAGAAAGUACAUAACACUAUUCAAAGUGCUCUACUGGGACUUACCAGCGGUGUAUGAGCUGUUCGUCUGUAGCACAGCGGUUUGGACUCUCGCCGACCGAGCACACUAUCCCCUGUUCGACCCUCUGCCGACGCACACCUGAAAUCAAUGGUCGGCCUGCAAAAUUUGGGCUACCGAUAUCACAUGCUGAAAAUUUCAUACUUAUACCAAAAAUGUGGUGUGGAAUCAAGCUAUAAUCAAAAUAAAAUAAUUAUGUAGAGUUCUCACUUAAAAUGAUGACAUCCAGUGUUGUCUGUUAGAGGUUCUUACUGUCUGCCUGUUUUCGACAUAGAACUUUGCACAUAUGUGCGGCAGUUCAAGUCGCCACACUCCAUGUACCAUACAAAGCAAGAGAAGAAAGUACAAGAAAUGCAUAAUAGACAGUAAGCAGAGGUGUGAGACAAAGGAAGAGUAAUAACGAAGAACAAAACAGUUUCAUUAGAAAUCAUAAGUCACAAGGAGUGGAUACAUCUGCACCAGCCCUUGAGAACGAUUUUGAGCCAUGUCACCAAUUGUUUCCAACCAUUGGUUUUUACCGUCUCGAGGACCCCAACCAGGAAGCCAGUCUACACCUUCCUACGUGGCUUAGACUAACUGUUGUAGAUUUCAUUGACUGGUGCCAAGUUUCGGUUUGACCACCGCUAGCUUUUUUCCAGCCUGACCCUAUAUCAGCUAGCAUUGUCCGUCGAGGAAGGCGAUGACUAGGCAUACGUAACACAUGUCCUAACCAUCUCAGUCUAUGUAAAUUCACAACCUCGUCGAUUGAUUUCCCCUCCUUACCUAGAACUCGACUAACGCCUAACCUCAAUAUUGCUCACCUUAUUAUCCUACUUCACACGGGAGAUAGAACGCAGGUGCCUAUAAUCAAAGACAGCUAGCCAUGCUUUUCAUGUCUUCUACUCUCAAUGGCUAGGUCUCACAGCUGGUCAUAAAGGAGGACGGAGCGGGCUGAUGAGCAAUACACCCGUCCUUUGGUCGAUAGUUGGAUAUCACGUCUACGCCAGAGACGGCGUAAACUAGCAUAUGCGAAACGAGCCCCCUGUAUCCGUUCUGAGAUUUCAUCUGAGAUCAACCCGUUGGGGCUGAUGGUACUUCUCAAAUAAGUGAAGCGGUCAACAUGCUUUAUCACUUCACUCUCUAUUUCUAAUCUAGGACUCGGUGUAGCCCAUUCCUGUAACACCAUCUUGCAUUUGGCGGAGGGAGCGAAUCGCAUGCCAAACAUUCGUAGAUGGCGGCUCAAGAUGUUUAGAAGACUCCGCAUUUUUUCAAAGAAAACUUGGUCUAGAUUCUUACUGUACCAAUUUUUGUUUUCGGUUGGUGACGAUGUAUCAGAAACCAGUCAAACUUGAAAAUCCGCCCACUGAUUUUAAAUCUAAUGAUCUAUGAACUGUGUUAUUUUUGCUGACGAAGUUCUAAAAUUUAUUGUAGUGAGCUGAAAGCCGGCGUUAAUCCUUUGCUGGUUAUCUUAUUUUCACGCCAAUGAUUUUUGUCCGUUCGACAGAGUUAGUUUUCAUACUUCCAACUAGUGUUCAUUCUCUGUAAUACGUAUUUGUAUUCUAGUGAAGAUGAACCAAUCGCUGCACGUUUACGAUCACGUAAGAAAUUAUCUCAACGGCCGACGAAUAAUUGAAUGUGGCUCAUGCUUUGUAUUAAAAUUAAACUGACAACCUCCUGGUACAUAUAUCUGUAAAUGAUUGAGAAAACACGGUGUGUAUUGGGGUACGUAUUUUUGUGAUUGCAAUAACCGUGCAGACCACGAAUAAACAGGGAAUGUAAAUAGGACUUAAUAGCUUUCAUUUUCUGUCAACAAAUGCGCAUAAAAAAAUAAAAGUACUUGAAUAAUGAAAAGUGUUACUUCUCUUCGACGAUAAUUUGAUGAAGAAUGAACCCAAGAUAUAAGUAAUUCCACAGCCUUAUGCGGAGCGUUAUUCG